AUCUCCCCCAGCCCCACCGCGCCGCUUCAUACAUAACGUUUUGCUUCUGUUACGUUGAAAACACGUUGUGGUGUCUUGUGGCUGAAUUUCUUGCCCUCUCUGCUUGAUUGAAUGAGACCGCGGUAUCUAGGUGUUUUUAAUUCUUCUUCCAAGACGUGUCUGGGACGUUUUAUAAAGCUUCGCUGCCACAACCAAGUCAACAUUCGACAUAACUCGUUACAAGCUGGAUGUGCUUCGGUGUCUCUUUGGGACCAAGUUUCUGUUUAUGAUUGAAAUUAGGAGACUGAACUAAUUUGACGGUGAUUGGAUUGCGGUGUGGUUCUAGUUUUGGACCUCCUAGAUCUACAUCUCAAGACUUCUAUUGGGCAUCUUUUUAACAGUGCUCAGUAAUUCGGUGGUUCAUAUUUUUUUCACAAAAGUUACAAUACUGACCGAUAUUAUUACAUACCCAACGUUGUGACAACAUACUGGACUGUUCAACAACUGGAAAGGCUGCUGAACUUUUGCUCGUCAAGAAAAGAAAGAAAUUUGUCGAUUUACUGUUUCCCGUGUUUCCUGUUCAUUAUCACAGUUCUGUGCUUUGAGAUUACACUCGACAAGAUCUCAAGAAACAGCUAGUGAAAUCAGAGUCAAAUAGGAGCCGAAAAGAACUCGUUUAACUGAUCCCGACAUCUUGAUAGAUUUGAACUUAAACCUUCUGUGUAAGAGUGUGAUGCUCUUUUUUUGAACAUGGGUGUGAUCAGAGUUAUGGAUCCCAUCCAGCCCUACACCAUCUCGCUCGGCGGUGACUUUGAAGGCAACUUUAGACAUCAGAUUUCAUCCGUGGUGGACAUGAUUAUAGCUCGGAAGAUGCGUGUGAGCGUUCCAGAAACGUCCCGCCUGGCAGUACAGCCUCUCGGAUCGUCCCAGGCCUCCCCUGGCCCCCAGGUUAUGCCAGUAGCAUCAGCACACAGCGCCCCGUCGUUGUCGUCGGAGGACCAGAUGGCCCCCGCUGCCCACCACUUGUCCCGCAGGUACUCCAAGCCACAGGCAGACGAGGAGGGGGACGUGGCUGAGGUCAGUAACCAGCUCCUGAGCCGGUUCUCACAGACUGUGACUCUCUCCACUGGGCGCUUGCUGCGACGGGGCUCAGGACACAUAAAUCUCUACGAGAAAAGCUCAGCCCAACUGCAAGAGACGAGUAUUCCGGAGGCUGGUGAGCUGACGAGCCGCGUAUCGGUGAUGCCCCGUUCAUCUCUCACCCGUGGCAGUUCAAGCCCUAACCUCCAGGGUAUGGCUCAGUCUGCGGGUAUGGGAGGUAGCAACAACAGCGGUGGGGGUCUCAUCUCCCGCUACCUGCGUCGCCGAGGCUCGAUGGACACAAUACUCCCUGCCUCGGCACUACCCACAGAGAGUGCCGUCGACCAGGCUAGCCUUGCCCUCGUCCCCACCACCUGCAGCUCUAGUUCUCCUGACGUCACUUCCUCUUCCUCCUCCUCGUCUGUCACGCAAUACUCGCCCAGCGGGAGGUCUCUCCGAGAAACGCCGUUGAUAGAGGAGCCGUCUGCUGCCGCCAUGACACCCCCUGCCCCCAGGCUUGGCCUCCUCUCCCGCACUCGUCAGUUUGGUGCUUGGAUCUCAAAGGCUACAGAGGGAGAGAAAGUGGAAGUGUCACAGAAAGAUUUGAACACUAUUGUGCCCAACUCUUUCUGAAUGUCUGAGUACUGAGUUGAUCGCAAAAGACGAUACAUGAUGUUCACGUCAUACCAGUUUUCAGACUAACAAUUGUUUGUUUUUUCUUUUUCUUUAAGUAAGAAGUGGUGGGUAACUACACAGAGGUAUGAUAUAAACACAGUCUUGGAAAUGUUUGUGUUUUUAUUCAGUGCUACUUCUUUUUAAAAUGAUAGGCUUGCUGCAUUGAUGACAGAACACUGUCCCCCCAAAAGAAUUUUUUAAAGAUAAAUUUGCCCUGGAUUUAUGAUGAAACGAAAUUGUGAACACGUUUGUACCCCUGCCUUUUACUUUUGUCCCUUUUAUGUAAUGAUUUGAGGGAACUUUCUUAUAGCAAAGAAGGCAAAGACGCCAAGGAGAUUUACUGUACUUUACUUUAAGUUUACAUUUACUAUCCUCUUGAACUUGAACAGCAAGAUGUCGAGGGGAGAUGUAAUAGUAAUAGUUGAACUUAUGCCAAAUAUGUUGCAUUUUGGAUCGUCAUUUUGUUCCUUCUGAGGGUCUCUUUCUAAGGAAAUAUCAGUGCAAAGAAUGGAGAGAGAUGAGGUAAACCAAGUUGUAUUUGACAGUGGUAUGGUCACAUGUAUAGUUCUUGCCCAGUUUUUAAUGUCUUUUUUUUAAAUACUAUUUUCAUAUAUUUUCUCAACUUCCUGCCAUUGUGAUAACAGUAGAAGAUGUAUGUUGUGAUAACAGUAGAAGAUGUAUGUUGUGAUAACAGUAGAAGAUGUAUGUUGUGAUAACAGUAGAAGACGUAUGUUGUGAUAACAAUAGAAGAUGUAGGCCUAUGUUCCUCAUUGCUCCUACUGUCUGAUGAUUCUUGUGCCAGCAAUAGGGGUGCAAUGUUUUAUUGUUCAAUGAUUCUCUUUGCCCAUAAUUUCUUCCUAGGAAGCUGAACAUGUAGGCCUACUGAUUACAAUCUGCAACUGUACGGGUACAGUGUAUUGUAAAGCACACAGAGACUUCUUUUCAGUAGGGAUGCAGUCUUUUAUCAGUACUGAUAUUUGAUAAUUGUGGAGCAAUGGUUGACAGUUAGAAGGUCUAGGGACACUGCCUGCUUCAGGUUUUUAAGUGCACUAAGAUGGAAAUUCUUUUUGUCUUCUCUGAAACUGUGUUGGGUUUUUUUCAUUAAUUAACUGAAAUUUGUUCAGGUGAUCUGAUCAGUCAGUAAUCUCACCUUUAAUUAAAUGGCAUCCUUUUUGCUGUAUUUAGUGUCAAGAUUUGUAAUUUGUGUAUUUUUAUAUGUCAUGUUAGCCCUUCAUAUGUUGUCAUCUAUAUAGACAUGUAUGUAAUAGUUCUUUUGGAGGUGUCUGAUUUAAAGUUUGUAAAAAUAACAUGAUAUGAAUUAAAUGGGGUAAAAGUACAAUUUAUUGUCUGAAGGUGAAAAAUACAAACAGUUUGUUGGGGGGGGGGGGGGGGGGGGAUUUUGCUUUUUUGGGGGAAAGUGUCAUAAUUCUAAUUUGAGGACUUUUAGUGCAGACACUUUCUGUGAAAUAUGUUUAUAUAUAUUUAGACUGCAACAACUUUUUUUUUUUAAAUGCUCAAAGUACUGAGUAUUUGACUCUGCACAAGGUCAGUCACAAUACUUUUUUUGUUGGCAGAGACUUAAAUCUAACCACGAUGAUACCCCACAUUCUUUAGUUCAAAGUGUUACUCUGCUGUUAGUUACUCCACACUUCUUUACUUCUGAAAGUGUUUUUGUUCAGUUUGUACAUAGACAGCAGGAGUAGGAUACUUUCUGCUCCAGAUCCGUUCUCUGUGAAUAGUACUAGUACUGUGAUGCGCAAUCUCAUGACUCUCAUACUCAUGGAAAUUCCCACUGUACGUGAAACAAUGUGAGUAGACAAGGCCAGUAACUGUUCUUGAACCGCAUUUACUCUGAAAUUCUCGUGACUUUUUAUAUUUUUUCAUCACAUAUGUUCUUGCUAAGAUGCACUUGUACACGAUAUGUAAUAUAAUGCCAAUGGUAUGUUUACAUUAUAAUCAAGUGUGCUAGUGAAAAAGUACAAUGUUAUUGAAUUGAAGUCAUAUUUAAGUCUUCCUGCAUGUGCUCACAAUUUCAUUUGGUCAUUCUCAUACUCAUUACAAGUCAAGAAAAACUGACUCAUAUUUUUCAUGUUAUAUUUGUCAUUAUCAUGAUGCCUGCGCGAUGGGCAAACUCAUAACUUUUUCCACAGAUUGUAUUAUGUUGCACAUAAGAAGGAAAUCCAAAAUGUGAUAUAAUGAAAUAUGAAUGUCAAUAAUGAAAUACAAUUGAGAUGAUAUGUCAAUACAC